GGCGCCGGUUUGCGGAGCCUGUCAGCCGCUUACCGUUGAGCACGAGGUCGCUGGUUGACCGCUGCGACGCUGCGAAGUCUUCGUCCGAGCGGUGCGGCUCAAACAUGCUCCUGCAGCACCAGCUGGUGUUUGACCUGCUGGUGGACACCAACCUAAUCGAUGGCACCGGUCUCGCCAGGGUAUUUCGUACGAGUCGCACCGGCCUCGCGUGGGCUGCACGCGCUGCGGCGCGGCGUAUCAAAGCGCCGAAGAACGCUGACGACGGCACGACGCCGUGCCGCGGCGCACUUGUCGACAGUGCGGCAUUUUUAGACAUAGCGGGCGUCGCCGCGGCCUGCGGUGCCCACGUCGUCGCGGCGGACGCGCGCGGCGCGAUUGCGUGCGGUCGCGGAGGCCAAGGCCAGCGCGGCGUCUGGAGCGUCGGCGAUUCCUCCAACGUCGAGGCGGUUCGCUGGGGCCGCGAAUUCUCUACGCCGCCGCGCGUCGCGCAGCUGUCAGUCGGCAGGGACUUUACGGUGUUCGUCAUCGGUGGCGGCGUGGCAUACGGCUGCGGCAACGGGGAGCAGGGCCAGCUUGGGACCGCGCCAGCGCCCAUUCGGUCGUGCUCGACGCCGCGGCAGAUUCCCGAGCUGAGGACGCGCGUGUGGAGGUGCGCGGCGGGGGUCGACUAUUCGCUGUGGAUCGUCGGCGACGACCGAGCGGUUGUCGGUCUAGGGGCGAACAACCACGGCCAGCUCGGGACCGGCGACUACACCGCAAGGACAACCUCCGUGCAGCGCUGUCGCGUGGGCCUCGAGGACGGCCCGGCGCGGCGUUGGAAGCCCGGCGAUGGCGUCGGCGCGGAGCUCAUCGGCGUCACGUGCAUCGCCGCGGGAGUGAAUCACGCUCUCGCUGUCGCCGGAGGAGUCCUGUAUGCGUGGGGUGCCCGAAAAUUUGGGCAGCUCGGCGACCCCGGGCAAAAAAAGCGAGCUGUGCCCAUGCCAGUACGCAGCCACCCGCUCGUGCCAUUGGCCUGUUCGCUCGACGGCGUCACCGUCGUCGACUGCGCGGCCGGCAACGCCUUCUCGCUUGCGGUUGACGCCGACGGCGGUGUGCACGCGGCCGGUACCAAUCGCACCGGCGCGAUGGGCCUCGGCGGCCCGCCGUUCUUUGUUUCGGUUGCGCAGCGCUUCCAGCGCGUGCCCAUCGGCGACGAAGACACGCGGUGGGCGGCCGAGAUUUUUGACCGGUCCGAUCUUUCGUCAAACGAGGUCGACGCGCUCUGGGGCCGUGGAGGGCGCCACGAGAAGGUUGUUUCCGUGGCCUGCGGACACGCGCACGCCAUCUGUCGCACGGCCGAAGGCCGCGUGUACACGUGGGGCGGCGUUCACCGCUCAGCCCUUUUGGCCCUCGGUCAUGGUGCCGAUGACGAUAUAGAGGCGCGGCAGCGGGCGCGUCUCGUACCCAACGUCGGUAAUGCCGUGCACGUCGCCGCCGGUGGUUUGCUUGACGGCGCGGCGUCGUCGCUCAUCGUCCGGGCCGACGGGGCCGUCUUCGUGGCGAGCAACGAGCCAAGUAUCUACGGCCAAUGUUUGCAGGCGGCCGCAGUGACACCCGAUGAUGCCGUUGCCGCCGCCCAAUGUUUGGGCCGCUUCCUCGAGCUGCGGCCCGCCAUCCCGUAAGAUCAUGUGACUACAACAAACUCAGCUUAGGAAAGGAC